AUUUAAGACUUAGCAAUAAAUAUUUGGGAGCUGCUGUUACCAUAUAAGUGUGUAUAUCUGUGUCCAACUGCAUCUGUGUUGUGCUCUCUAGUGUCUAUUGCGCCCUCUAUCUAUCUCUCUCGCUCUGUGUCUAUCUCUGUUUCUUUCUCUGUCUGUCUAUCUAUCUCUGUCUCAUAUAUGUUUCACUUGACUUGCAACAUGAGCAGCAAUAAUAUUAAUAAUAACAACAACAAUACCAAUAACAAUAACAAUAAUAAUAAUAAUGAUAAUGUUAAUGAUAACAGUCCAUUAACAAUUACACGCAACUACACAAUAGUGAGUUGGUUUUCACAACGCGCCGAGGAGAACAAACGGAAGAAACGCGUCGAACAGCAGCGUCAACAGCAGCGGCAAAGGCGCGGCGCCAAGGUCUUCAAAUGUGUCAGCGAUUCCACUGGCCACCUGACCCUGGCGCCCUCCCGGCUAUUCGAACGGACCCCAAUGAGUCCAUCCGACAGUCUCGACGAGAUUGCGCUGCAGAUACCAAGGUGAGUUCACAUUGAGUGCCAGCAAAACCAGCUCCAAGCUGUGUGUGUGU